AUGUCACCUCUUUUGUUCGCCCAACGUAUCCUUAUAUCUGGAGAGUCGGUAACUCGAGCGACGGCUUUGAGAGAUGAAAUUAUUAGAAACAUUGGUGGGGAAGCCAGUAUCCAGGUCGAAACUAUCACGGUCUCAGGUCCGGACGGUGAUUCGAGCGUGAGAGACGCGAUUAUUGCUGGGUUAAAUGAGCUCAGAGGAUUUGCGGACACUUUCCUCAUUGAUGCCAGAAGCCCUCCACCUGCUGGUGAAGAUGCACUCUGGGAUGUACCGCUUAGUGAGUGGUGUCGAGAGCACCCCACUAAAAACAGCCAGAAGUCAACGCUUCUUCGGGCAAAAUCAUUUCUUCAGCUUCUGAUCCAGAAGUUUGAGUCCACCCCAAGAUUUGCGGUGGUUAUCUUGGGAAAUCGCCAUGAUUUUGGUGCAGGUUGCGAAAUACUCUUGACAAAGCUCCAAAGAGAUAUUUCGCGCUUAAAUAAGGAUUCAACCGUUCAUUUUAUCGACUUUGCGCGCUCUGGAGAGAAUGUACAGAGUGAACCCGUUUCUGCAGCUGUUAAAAUACUUCUUUCAUCGAGAAGUGACCGCAAACUUGUGUCUAUCAGUGAGAUUUUGAAUCUUGUUCAUGAGGAUGUAACUCCCCUCAAAGAAGACUCGAUCAACCAGGACAACCCACAGGCGGAAUACCCUGCAUCCGACUUGACCUUAUGCAGAUCCUUAAACAUAAAGAAGAGAUCCGUCAAAAUUGCCCUCUCCUUUGAUUUUGAUGCUCUCUCUGCCUUCCUUGGGACGGGAGAUCAUCCAGAGAACAACUUGGCCGAUUACAGUACAGGUAUUUUUGCCGGUCAAGUUGGAGGUCGCAGAUUACUUCGGGUGCUGAAAAAGCAUGGAAUAGCCGAUCAGGUCACUUGGUUCAUUCCCGGGCACACCAUGGAAACCUUUGAGGAUACCGUGAAGGAGAUUGUUCAAUGUGGAGCUGAAAUUGGGUUGCACGGUUAUGCUCAUGAAGGGGCAUACCAGAUGACUGAGGCGCAAGAGCGUGAUGUUUUGGUCAAAUGCAUGGAGGUAGCACAGCGCUUGACUGGGAAGAAAGUCCAAGGAUAUCGGGCUCCCAUGUAUCAGCUUCGAGAGACCACGAUUGAGCUCCUCAAAGAGUUCGGGUUUCUUUAUGACUCUUCACUCAGCCAUCAUGACUCCCAGCCAUACUUAGUUCCAUGCGCACCACCUGUCCAACGAAUUGAUUUCUCGAAACCUGCCAGUAGCUGGCUGCGCCCUACACGAUUGUCUGAUAUGGAAAGUCCGACGGCUGGUAGACCUCUUGUUGAGAUUCCCACUGGUUGGAACAAUGAAGACAUGAUGGCACUCCAGUACUUCCCACAUCUUCACAAUAGCCACGGACAUGUGGAUGCUCGCGUUGUUGAGCAGCGCUGGAAAGACAUUUUUCUCUGGCUUUGGGAGAAUCCAGACCUGGAAGAUGGGAGCUUUGUUUUCCCCCUCCUCAUGCACCCUGACACUAGUGGAAUGGCUCAUGUUACUGGCAUGGUGGACCGCUUCAUUGGCUGGCUUCGUGGAUGGGGGGAUUCGGUGCAGUUUCACACAUUUUCUAGUAUCGCUCAGUCUUGGCUUGAAGAGAAGAUGAAGCAGCAAGGUUGA